GGCCUGGCGCACUCUCACACAGACCACCAGUCUCAGCCCCGAGUCUACUCCUUUACGCACACACUGCCACAGUUAUUAUGUCUGCUGGAGGAGAGAAAUCCAAGUCUGCUUCCCAGACUGAUGGGAAGGCCGCUCAGAACAAGAUGUCUGAUAUGGGCAUGAUGGCCUACAAGAUGUGUGUGUACGACCAGGAGAACUUCCAGGGCCGCUGCAUUGAGAUCAACGGCGAGUGUAUGAAUGUGUGUGACAUGGGAAUGGACAGGGUGCGCUCCCUGCGCGUUGACUGCGGACCCUUCGUGGGCUUUGAGCAGAUGAAUUUCUGUGGAGAGAUGUUCAUCCUGGAGAAGGGCGAGUAUCCCCGCUGGGACUCCUGGAGCAACUGCCAGAAGAAUGACUACCUGCUGUCCUUCAGGCCUGUCCGCAUGGAUCCUGAGAAGCACAAGAUCUGCCUGUAUGAGGUUGGACAGUUCAAGGGCCGUAAAAUGGAGAUUAUGGACGAUGACGUCCCCAGCUUGUUUUCCUACGGUUUCACCGACAGAGUGGGCAGCAUCAUGGUCAGCUGUGGAACCUGGGUGGGUUACCAGUUCCCCGGCUACCGUGGCAGCCAGUACCUGCUGGAGAAGGGCGAGUACAGGCAUUUCAACGAGUUUGGCGCCCGCUGCCCCCAGAUGCAGUCCAUUAGGCGCAUUCGUGACAUGCAGUGGCACCCACAUGGCUGCUACACCAUGUCCUCCAAGUGAAAUCCAGCGAGGGCAAGGAAGAGAGGGAUCGGAGGAGAGACGGAGGCUGAGGGCGGCCACAGAGAUGGAAGGGGAGGCUGUGGAGGGAGGGCAAAGAAGGAGAGGAGGAGGGAGAGGGUGUAAUAUGUUCUCCUUCAUCCCAAAAUUCCCUUGGCAGUUAGAAUGCAGGAUAAAGGGAAUACAGUCGGUUAUCUUUUGUUUUUGCAACAUUGUAAUCUAGUGAGCAAUUAAAAGUUACUUAAAGUGAAGGAGGAGAUAAUUACACGGACCGUUGAGACUGGAUCUGAUAAUAAACGGUCUCUCCACUUUUGCUCUCCCUCUCUGUCUGUGAGCUCCCUUCUCCCCACUUUCCUCCUUCUCCUCCCCUCCCUCCCUCUCUCCCCCUCACGCGAUUCUCUUCCACAUCCCACCAACGUCAGCCCUCACUCAGCCUAUUAGAGCCUCACUGAGGUGGGCACCAGUGUGGAUUUGUGUGUGUUUGUGUUGUGGGGGAUCGGAGACCAACAAAAGCCGCAACAAGUAAAGUGGUGGCAAAUAUUUUGUGCUCAGAUCCUGCAGCCACAUCAACCCUAA